AUGACUAUCAAGACUCCACCCGCAGGGGUAGUUCCACAGCCUGUGCCGUACGACGUGCUAUCGAUCAAUAUUGGUAUCGCGCCGGGGCGCGCUGCUGUACCAGGGGUGGACGAGCAUGCCACGCCCGUGAAACCCAUUGACGGCUUUGUACGGCAGUACGAGCAGCUGCUGGAAAGGUACAGCCUCCUCUGCCGGGGCGGCCUGCUGCCAGGCCACCCGCCCCAUGUACGGCGGCUUGCACGGCAGCUGCUGACUCAGAGGGGGGUAGAGAUAAACACACACACAGACACGCAUCGUAGAAUGUCAGACUAA